AUGGCCACUAUUGGAAAUGUAGGCGAGGACGUCAACGGGCUUGGGGGCCUGGCCCUUCUCUACUACCCUCUGGCUGUUCUUUAUCAGCCGUCACAUAAUACACUUUGGUUCUCGAAGGAAAUAGAAAAUGUCUUACAGGCACGGGAACUAGGGGACACGUACAAAGCGACGGAUUGCUCCCACUCUUGGUGGGUAGAAAUUUCCUUUUCCUAUAUCAUCCAAGCACACAUCACGACGGGUGCAUCUGCUGGAUAG